GGAAAUUUCCUCAUCAGCGUGACGCAAUAGACGAGCUCAGAAUUAUCCUCGUAACCUCGGUGAAACUUUCACCGAAAUACCUUUAAUUUUUACCCGUUUUUUUAGUCAAAGGCAACAAGUGAAAGAAGAAAAUUCCCAACUCUAAAAGAAAGGUUUUAUUCCAUUAUAUGAAAUUCAGCAAUCUCUAUUAAUCAGGAUCCUCGAUUUAACGAAAAUGAAGAUCCAUAUUGGUGCUCCUCUCCUCACUUUAGCGAUUUUCUUCAGUUUCAUUGAAUUAAGUUCACAGUACAAUAAAGAACUUCUUCUGGGAGACGGAAUCACUGUUCCUGAUAACCUGGGCAUCUUUUACAGUAUAUCCAAUAAUUUAGAUAUACUGGUUAGUGAUGGGCACAAUCAAGACAUUUACGGGCUAAUGCACAAGAAGUAUAAAAUCCUGGUUUGCGCAUUGGAAAAAGAUGGGAUACAAUACUGGGUCCGUAAAUUAAUGGCAAAAGGCCAACAAGUUAAGGUGUAUGCGAAAAAAACUUAUGCGUGGACUGACGCUGACACAGAUUUAUAUGACCUCAAAUUUGACGAAGUGAUUCAGUAAAAGAAUAUUUGACAUUUCUGAUUGUACAUCCUGAAAAACAAUAUUUUGUAAUGAGGAAAACGUACUUGUAGAUUAAUGGAAUAAACGGAUUUAAUAUGA